AUUUCCAAAACUCAUUAUUUGCUAUUUUUCCCUUCUCUUGUAAUUUUAAUUUAAACUAUUGCUCUCUCAAUGCACCUUCUAAGCAUGCUAAUCUUAUCCGCUGUGUAUCUCAUGAUAUGGAGCACAAGUAGCAGUUUAUCAGCUCCAGAUGGAGCUCAUCAAGUCCUACCCCACUGCCGCCACAGCUGCGGCAACCUGACAAUACCGUAUCCAUUUGGCAUAGGAGAAGGGUGCUACAUGGAACCAAAGUUUAACAUCACCUGCCAAGACCAUGGUCAUGAUUCCGCCACUCCUCCCAUAGCAUUUUUGGGGACAGGCAACAUAAAUGUCACCAAGAUAUCACUCUUCCCAGCCGAGUUGCAGGUCCUGCAGUACACAGCCAGAGAUUGUUAUGACAGCCGUGGAAAUGAGAUGAAUAACGAAACCGUCGGCCCAACCGUGGGCUUUGAAAUAGAAAAUUUCGAAGUGUCUGCCACCAAGAACAAGUUCACUGCCAUUGGUUGCGACAUGUCUGCAAUCAUUGUAGGGUUUCGCGGAAAAACGAGGUACACCACUGGCUGCAUGUCGGUGUGCGAUCGAUUCGAAGAUAUUGAUUUCGGUAAAUGCGCCGGCAACGGUUGUUGCCAAAUCACCAAUAUCCCAAUUGGCCUUAAUAAUUUCUCCAUCAAAGUUGAAAGCUAUUUCAACCAUACGAAGGUUUUGGACUUUAAUCCUUGUAGCUACGCAUUCCUGGCGGAGGAGACCCAAUUCAAGUUUACCAAUACUAGCUUUAAAGAUUUCAAAAGCAUAACAGACUUUCCAUUGGUCUUGGAUUGGGCCAUUAGCAAUAUGUCUUGCGAUGAAGCUAGAAUGAAGUUUGGUGCUAGAAAUAUGGCAUGUAAAGCAAAUAGCAAGUGUGUCAAUCCGAGCAGUACCCGUGGCUACCUAUGUCGCUGCCUGCCUGGUUACGACGGGAAUCCCUACCGCCCGAAAGGUUGCCAAGAUAAUGAUGAAUGCAUAAGGUAUCCGAAUCCCUGCAAGAAUGGAAUAUGUCACAACACACGUGGAAGUUUCAAGUGUUCAUGUGAAAAAGGGUACACAUUACAAAACAAAACCAUUUGCGAAGCCCACAAAAGAGAAGAUUCAAGGAGAAAUAUAAUGCUCUACAUUGUUUUGGGUGUGAGCACUAGCCUAAUAGCUCUAUUGCUUGGGAGUUCAAUAUUGUAUUGGGGAAUGAAAAAACGAAAGAUGAUCAAGCUUAGAGAGAAAUUCUUUGAAAAAAAUGGGGGCUUCAUACUACAACAGCAAUUGACAAGUCGAGGAGGAUCUUGUGAGAUGACCAAAAUCUUCACUUCAGAAGAUCUGAGAAAGGCCACUAACAAUUUUCAUGAAAGUAGAAUUAUUGGUGAAGGAGGAUAUGGAAUCGUGUACAAAGGAAUAUUACCAGAUCAAAGAACUGUUGCCAUUAAGAAGUCCAAAGUAGGGACUCAAUUACAAUCAACGUCCUUCAUUAAUGAAGUCACAGUACUUAUGCAACUCAAUCAUAGGAAUGUGGUAAAGCUGUUAGGAUGUUGUUUGGAGACAAAAGUUCCUCUAUUAGUUUAUGAAUUCAUUAAUAAUGGGACUCUUUCUCAACAUAUUCACAUCCAAGGAAAAGAAGUAGGCAACUCAUCACUUUCAUGGGAAGUAAGAUUGAGUAUUGCAACAGAAACUGCUGAAGCAUUAGCUUAUUUGCACUCAGAGAUUACUACGCCAAUCAUACAUAGAGACGUGAAAUCAGCAAAUAUACUUUUAGAUGAUCACUAUAUGGCAAAAGUUUCUGACUUUGGUGCUUCGAGAUUGGUUCCGCUAGAUGCUGAUCAAGUUUCAACUUUUGUUCAAGGAACAUUUGGAUACUUAGAUCCCGAAUACAUGCACUCAAGCCAACUAACAGAAAAAAGUGAUGUCUAUAGUUUUGGAGUAGUUUUAGCAGAAUUACUAACAAGCCGAAAGGCGGUUGCUUUUGAUGCUGUUGAGAUGGACUACAGAAACCUUGCAAUGUGCUUCGUCUCUGCUAUGAAAGAGGACCGCUUACUUCAAAUUCUUGAUAGCAACAUCGUCGAUGAGGAGAAUAUUGAAGUAGUAAAGGAAGUAGCCAAUAUUACAAAAAGAUGUUUGAGGGUAAAAGGGGAUGAAAGACCUAGUAUGAAAGAAGUAGCAAUGGAGUUAGAAAGGUUGAAGAAAGUUGGAAUGUGUUCAGAGGAGAAUGAAGACGCACCUGCUGGGACCGCUAAUUUAAAUCCUUAUUCUACCGAAACUGAGAGCGAAUCAUGUGGUUCUCCUUCCACUUAGCUAUUAUAUGUAAAAAAUUCAUGCUCAGGCAAAAAAAAAAAGUGAUAUAUUUAUAUUUUGUUUGGUUGCUGAUGGCUUAUGAAUUUGGGAUAUUAUUUUGUAUUAGUGUAUUUGAAAUGUGUCAUUA